ACAUACUUCGUCUUACUAGCUCCCGAAAAUGCACAAAGAGUCAAUGCAACUCGGUGCGAUUAGCGUGUCGACAAUAGUUGCAACUUUACAAUUGGAUGGGAUGGCUACCUUCCAAUAGUAAAAAAUCCACCAAGUAGCGGCCGAUGGUCCUUUGGUGGUUGCCCGUGCAUGGUGGUGUGGUGUAUGGUGGUGUGGUGUAUGGUGGUGCGGUGCUUGGCGAGCAACAACAACCAGAACUACUCUCUGGCGAUGCGGGUACAGCAAGAAGAGCCAACGUUUGUGAAUGGUAUCACACCUUGUCAUAUCAGAGGCUAUGGAUGCAGUUGGCGUCCCCCUUCCAUGGAGACAACUCCACCCCUCUCUAUCACACAUUCAUUGUUAUGGAAAAGUUUGGUUUAGUGAGAUUUACCCCUUCGCAACCUGGCGGAUUAGUGGGAGUGCUUUUCCGAUUCCACAUAGUUCAUGCUCCAACCAUGGGCAAAGUUAGCCAUUGUUGUCCCUCUGGCUAUGGGGAAGCCAUUCAUGGCUAACCUUGCGACAUUUACAUGGCCAGUGACCCUACACAUCAUUACUCUUUCAUAUGAAGGGACAAAAUUACCGGUCAUCAAUAAUCCUAACUUAUAACA